AUGGCCGCCACCACACACCCUGAGUACAACAUAGAUACCGAGGGCCUGACCGUGGCCCGGGACUUUGCCGACCGCAUCCACGGCAAGACCAUCCUCAUCACGGGCGCCAACCUGGAGGGCAUUGGCUUCUCGACAGCACAGGCCUUUGCCUCGGGCUCGCCCGCCCAGCUGAUCCUGUGCGGUCGCAACCCGAGCAAGGUACAGGCCGUCAUCGACGCCCUCAAGGCAGAGUUCCCCGCCGUCGACUACCGCUCUCUCCAGGUCGACCUCAGCCGCCAACAGUCCGUCCGUGCGGCCGCCAAGACGCUCCUCGCCUGGGACGACGUCCCCGCCGUCCACAUUGUCGUCAACAGCGCCGGCAUCAUGUGCGUCCCCGAGCGUACCCUCUCCGAGGAGGGCAUCGAGUUGCACUUUGCCACCAACCACAUUGGCCACUGGCUCCUGACCAAUCUCAUCAUGCCCAAGCUGAUCAAGGCAGCCGAGUCCAGCCCAAGGGGCGACGUGCGCAUUGUUAACGUCAGCUCACGGUCGCCGACGGGAUCCGGUCCUCGCUUCAGCGAUAUCAACUUUGAGGUCAAGAAUGGCGAUCUCCCCGAGGAGGAGAAGCCAGACGAGGCCAUGUUCCGCUUCUGGGGGUACGAGAACAUCAUGGACAAGGCCUACCUGCCGCUGGAUGGCUACAGCCGCAGCAAAGUCGCCAACGUGCUCUUCAGCGUCGGCGCCACCGACAGGCUGUACGAGAAGUACGGCAUCCUGUCAAUUGCCCUGCAUCCGGGCAUCAUCGGCACCGACCUGGCGCGCGCCUUUCCAGAAUCCGAGAAGAGGGCGAUGGAGGCCGCGUUCGCGUCGGGCAAGACGAAGAAGAGGCCGCUUUCCAUGGGCGCGUCCACCAGUCUGGUGGCCGCGUUGGAUCCGAAACUAAAAGUCGAGAGCAAGCCUGGCCAGGAGAACUAUGGCGUGUACCUCGAGGACUGUCAAAUCAGCGAUAGAGCCCGCCCGGCAGCGGUGUCGAGCCAGAAUGCUGAUAUUCUGUGGUCUCUGUCGGAGAAAUUGGUGGGACAGACGUUUUCUUGGUGA